GAAAACAGUUGAAACUUGAAAGUUGGAAGAAGCGUGAGGGCGUGCAAGAUUUACAGGAAUUCCCUCGAAUUGAGAUUCACUCGAAACCACGGUGGCCAUAGGCAAUGCCCAUGGCGACGCCGGAACCCUCCCCCGACCACAUCGACUCGCUUCCUCUGGUCGACCUCCGCCUCCUCUCUCAAUCCGAACUCUACACCCUCUCCCUCUCCGGCGCCACUCACCGCCACCGCCGCACCGAAGACGACUCCGUAAUCCCCAAAAUCGACCGUUCCGUUUUCAACGAGUCCGCCGGCAGCCGCAAGCAGACCUACUCCAAACUCCGCCUCAACAAACAAAAACCAAACUCCGCCGUUCCCGCCUCCUCCUCCUCAUUCCACAUUCCCCUCCACAUUCCCGAGCCCGUCGACCAGGAAAACUCCCAAAUCAUCGCUCUGCUGCAACAGCUCUUCGGCGUCGAGCCUCUCCGCAACGCGUCGCGCCGCAAUGACGCCGAGGACCGCCGCCUCGUUCCUGUCCAGGUCGAGUUCAAGCCACCGCUUCCGGAAUACGCCACGCUCCGGAACGUUCCGAUUGACGUCGUGGACGGCGGCCAGAGGAAGCGGAAGCGCGGCCGGCCGCGGAAGAACGAGAAUUCGGUAACGGUUUUCGCGGAGGAGCCGGUGAAGGUUGACGUCGAUGGUAACGGUAACGGUAACGGCGAGGGCAACGUGGCGGCAACGGUUAUCGAUCAGGGUUUCGUGGUUGACGCGGUUCGUUUGGACGGGGAUCCAUUUGGGGAGGAGUUGAAGAGAAGGACCCUAGGUUUGGAGACGGAGUCGCAGUUGUUGGAAUUCUUGGAGACUUUGAAUGGAGAGUGGGCGAGUCAGAGGAAGAAGAGGAGGAUUGUGCCUGCUAGUGAUUUCUGCGACCUGUUACCUGCGGGAUGGAACGUCGUGCUUACUCUUUUGAAGAGGGCAGGUCGUGCUUCCGUUGUUUGUCGCCGUUACGUAAGUCCUGGAGGACACCAGUUUGAGUCGUGCAAAGAGAUUUCUGCACACUUGCUUUCUGUUUCUGGCGCUCAAGAUAGAAACUAUUUAAAAUCUAGUUAUAUUGAUGGGUCUCAGCAAUUAUCCAGUAGUAUGAACAUGGCUUCUGGAAGUAUUGUUGGUCAUGCUCCUACCGGAGACAUGAAGACUGAUGCCAAUACGAGUUAUUUGUCUUUAGCUGGUGCAUCUAUACACUCUAGUCAUGAGAAGCAGGCCACCGCACCAUUAUCAAUUGGGUGUGAAAAUUUCAAUAGUGAUCUGUCUUUGGGUUGUAAAUUAGCAGAUACUACUGGUGGAGCCUUUAGAGACUUUGUCCAUCAAACUGAAGAUAAGCAACUAUUGAAGUCUGAUAAGAAUGAUGGAAAUUCAGUUCAGGGAUGUUCUCUUGUGGAGGAUAAACUUGGUAAUGUACACAGUGAGAAGUUGGUUGCUGCUGUUGAGGCUAGUGAUGCUGCAUGCAAUCUUUACAUUCCUUUAGUUUUUCCAACUCCUUUCUCCAAUGAUAACAGGGCCAAUGGUCAGUUUUCUGAUGAAAUAAAUGCUGCCACAUGCAUAAAAGGUGGCAUUGGUAAUUUUGUUAGUCAGGAUAGAGAUGCUGGAAGCUGUGAAACUGUUCCUUGUGGAAAUGAACAGGCACAUGUUGACAACAAUAGGCUUGGGCUUUCUGAGAAAUUAGUGGAAGAGAACAUUCAGAAAUCAAGUCUUGAAAGCAGCAUGCUGGCUCCAAAUUCUGAGCAGAAAAUAUUUGCUGAUAAAAAUUUAGAUGAUGUAUAUCUUACUAGUUCACUAGAGGAUAUGAUGGAGAUUAGAGAUGGAAAGGCCAUCAAGGAUGACAAACAACAAAUUUUUUGUAGCAGAGACCAGGCUGAAAUUAAAGAUGUUUCUACUAAUGCUAAGCUGCAGAGUAGUUCUGAGGGUUGUUCACUUGUCUCCUCUCAGAAUGAACUUAAAAAUACAUCUAUAAGUAAUGUGGACAGAACACAGACUUCCAUGCUGAAGGACUCUGCUGAGGAAAAUAUUUUUGACAGUGAUUUAUUUAGCGCAUCUAUUGAUGAAAGAAAAUGUGUUCACAGUGGUUACAUCAGUAAUGUUUCUUUUAGCUCUUGCACACAAGAUGCAUCCGAGUAUGGUGGAUUUGAUUUUGCUUCUGAUCUUAAAUUAACUAAGGAUGUUAGUGAUAAUCAUAUUCUUUCAAGUGAGGAAGCUGUGAUAAGAUGUUUACAGGAAAGGAGUUCCUUGAGUGACCAAAAUAGCAUGAUGGACAAUCUGUUGCACAGAAGUUCUGAAAGUAACUUAUUUGCUCUAACUGGGGAUCAGCACCCAUCUGCUUUUCAUGAUAAUGUGAAUAAUAUCUCCAAUGGAACCUUUGGUGCACUGAAAGCUGUUGAUUCUGGUUGCAUGGAGCCACAGUUAGGCAUUGUUUCUUGCAGCAAUAUUGCUGUAGAUGCAUAUACUACAAGCAUUAUGCAGGGACAAUCACAAGGAUGUGUAUCUGUUCCUCUUGGUGGAGGUAUAUUAAACUUUGACAAACAAAGUGAUGAUGGUGUUAGUAAAGCCAAUAAAUCUUGCUUAUCAGAGAUGGCUCAGAAUGAAGUUGAAAUAUUCCAAACUGACUCUACGGGUCUGCCCAAAUUUCGGUAGCAGUUAGAUAAAUUCAGAUGCAAAUGUGGUGACACAUGCAGUGCAAGAAACAAUUUCUAAAUAAAACAUGUAUGAUAGUUCUGCAGAGUGUGUUGGUAACCACAAGGCUCUGCUUGUAUAUUCUCAAUUUCCUGUCGAAGAUGAUAAGCUAGAAAAGAUAAUUGCUUGAAGACAAAUUUAUUUUGUUGAUAGAUUCAGCAGGUCGUGCUGGUGGCUUCUCUAUUGAGGAUAUUUUGUGGCUCUGGUGUGAUGCUUUGCUUGCUUCUUGCCAGAGCUCGGAUACCAUUUUUUUUAUGCAAGGAACAAAUCUUCUUUAGGUCCAUUUUAGCUCAAAACAUUUCUUUUAACAUCUGGUAGACUGGUAUACCGAAACCAAUUUUUAGGUAGGUCCUUCAAUUGAAGGAACUUGUUUUUCCCCUAUUUUUUGAAAGAGAAAUACCAAAAUUAUCUGGUGAUUUUCGUCUUUCACAUGUGGAUCGCUCUUUGCAAAACCAUAAUUGAUACCGUUAUGGGCACACCCUAUCCAAUGGAUACUGUCUGGUUUAUUUUUCUUGUUCACCCUGUCUGGUUUUUAUUUUUUAUUUUUUAUUUUUUAUUUCCGUGCUAUUACACCCUAGUCAGUACAUUCUUUCACUUAUUUUAUUUUUAACUUUUUUAUAUUUUUAUUUUUAUAGAUUUUUGAAAUGAUUGUGAUCAGUAGUUCUUGUAUUUGAGCUUCAGUUAUAAAAUGAAGCUUGCUAAACUAUUUUAUGGCUGCAUUUAAUACAGGGGACCAAAAACUGGUCCUUGAUGGA